AUGGAAAGAAUUGAAGAAUUAGAGAAUGAUAAUAAUAAUGAAAGGAGGGGUUCAAAUGAGAAUGGCAUAAUACCUAUGAGGAGGAGGAAAAGUAGAUCAAAUCAUAGAAAUACGGCUUCUCAACUUAAAGAACUUGAUAAUUUGUUUAGAAUAAAUCAACAUCCUAACGGACAACAAAUACGCGAACUGGGUACAAGAAUAUCAGUGAAGAGUAGACAAAUUCAAAUUUGGUUUCAAAACAAACGAUCUCAUUUGAAGGCACGAUUAGAACGUCAUGAAAAUAAUCUUUUCAAUCAAAAUAAGUCAAAUAUUCAACUUGAAAACCAUAGGUUAAAAGAGUCGUUAAAGACUUCUCUUUGCACCAAGUGCGACGGAUCAAGGAAUCCAUCUGAUCACAGCUCUAUGGAGGAACAACGUCUGAGACUCGAGAUCCACCGUCUGAACGAGGAAUUAAGCAAGAUGACAGGGCUAGCACAAAGAUGCCUUGGAAGGCCAAUAAUGUCUUUUGACCUAUCAAACUCCGCUCCCAUUGGACAAGUACCAGCUCCUCUUCCUCCUGUUAUGCCAACAAUUUCCUUAGCAGGAGACGUGAGCCAAAACCAGUUAGAAAAUUCACCAUUUCUCAAGCUCGCUGAGAAAGCAAUGGAGGAAUUGGCUAAACUAGUUAGCAUAAACAGUCCUCUAUGGACACAGACCGGAUGCGAAGAAGGAGGAGGAGGUGUCGUGGAAACUCUAAACCUAGUAGAGUACAUCAAAUCGUUCCCUCCUUGUUUAGAAACAAAGCCCGACAAAAAUUCUACUCGAUAUGCCACUAGGGCAUCCGGCAUUGUUGCGGCCAAAAGCUCGUCCAUCCUUAAUUCCUUAAUGGAUGAAAUGGACGCUGAGCUACAAGCGCUAUCUCCUAUUGUUCCUGUUUGGAAAGUGAAGUUUAUUCGAUUCUGCAGACAGAUUGCAGAGGGAGUGUGGGGAAUGGUGGACGUGUCGAUUGAACUUUCCCAUGAUGUUGCAGAAACUAGCUCAAUUGUUAAUUGUAGGAGGUUCCCUUCUGGAUGUGUUUUGCAAGAAAUGCCCAAUAAUUUUUCUAGGGUCACCUGGGUGGAGCAUUUGGAUUACGAAGAGAACGAGGUUAUUCAUCCGUUAGGAGUCAUGAGUUCUAGUUCGUCUUUUGGUGCUCAAAGGUGGCUUGCCUCACUUCAAAGACAAUGCCUAUGCUUGGCGAUAAUCUCGUCUCCUCCAGCCUCCACUCAAGAUCAAACUAGUGGGAUGGUUAGUCAUUCCACUAAGACUAAGAGAAGCAUGGUUAGUAUGGCUCAUAGAAUGGUGCGUAGCUUCGGUUUCGGUUUAUGCUCGACUGUGCACCAAUGGCAGCUAGUCCAAGCCGGGGAAACCAGGCUGACUAUACGCAAUAACAAUAACAUCGAUAAUCCAGGUGAGCCAACUGGGGUGGUGCUGUGUGCCACAAAUUCGGUCUGGAUGCCCGUUUCCCAUCGAUGUCUGUUUGAUUUCCUAAGCAAUAAACAUAGAAGGGGAGAAUGGGAGGAGGUACAAUACACCAUGCCAAUACAAGAGUUGGCUCGAAUCAACAAGAGCAAUGAAGACGAACUCAACCGCGUCUCUUUUCUUCGCACGACGGUUUUAAUUGAUAGAAAUAAUCAAAAGGUUGUGCCUAUAGUGCAAGAGACACAGUCAGACGAGUCGGGAUCCAUGUUAGUGUAUGGGAUGGUGAACUUACCGGUGAUGCAGGUGGUGAUGAGCGGCCAGGAUUCAAGCUCGGUGGAGAUACUUCCGAAUGGAUUUUCCAUCAUCCCAAAUAUCAGAAGGAGAGAAUGCGAGGAGGAUUCAUGUACGAUGACAGUUGCGUUCCAAAUAUUGACGAAGAAUAGUCCGGGGAAUAUGAAUAUCUCGAUGGGGUUGAUUCAAUACAUAAACAACUUGAUGUCUCAAAGGAUUCAGAGGAUCAAAUCUGCUCUUCAUUGUGGCUAG